UUUUUUUGAAGGAAUUACAAUUACUCCGUAGUUUAGAAAAAAAAAGAACUCAUUCUAGAGUCGGACCGGCUGUUACUGUGACGGGACCGGCUCAAUUAGUCCGGAACAUAGGGACUGAGUGAGAGUCGAGAUAGAGAGUUGCGGGAGACAGGCGGCGACUGAGAAAAGGGGGGGAAACCACCGCAAAAUCCUAUCAAUCUCCGAAUCUCAAACUCUCCGGCGAUGUACGGAGGAGAUGAAGUUUCGGCCAUUGUCGUAGACCUGGGUUCCAUAACUUGCAAAGCUGGUUAUGCCGGAGAAGAUGCUCCUAAAGCCGUUUUUCCUUCUAUUGUCGGAUCAAUUGAUCAAAUGGAAGUUGAUAAUCCUGACAAUCCAGAUAAUAAUUCUGGCCCACUCCCGGACUCUAAAUCCAAGGGUAAGCGCAAACUGUAUGUAGGAUCUCAAGCCUUAGGUUUCCGUCGGGAUCACAUGGAGGCAAUAUCACCUAUUAAGGAUGGAGUAGUAGCUGAUUGGGAAAUUGUUGAUAACAUAUGGGACCAUGCCUUCAGGGAGUGCUUACUCAUUGAUCCGAAAGAGCAUCCCAUGCUGCUAGCGGAGCCAUGUUCCAAUACUCAACAACAGAGAGAAAAGGCAGCUGAGCUUAUGUUUGAAAAAUACCAAGUACCUGCCUUGUUUCUGGCCAAAAAUGCGGUUUUGACAUCCUUUGCAUCAGGACGUGCCACUUCCUUGGUCGUAGAUAGCGGUGGAGGAUCAACUACUAUUGCUCCUGUACAUGAUGGAUAUGUUCUUCAGAAGGCUGUCUGCACUUCUCCUAUAGGAGGAGACAUGCUUACUGAAAGCUUGAUGAAAAGUUUGGAGCAAAAGGGUGUCUUUAUAAAACCUCGAUAUUCUUUCAAAAGAAAAGAAAUCAGACCGGGAGAAUUUCAGAUAGUGGAUCUUGAUUUUCCCAAUACAACAGAAAGUUACAAAUUAUUUUGCCAGAAAGUUAUUGCCAGUGACAUCAAAGAAUGCGUGUGCCGGGCCCCAGAUACUCCAUAUGAUGAUAGUUCUUACUCAAAUAUUCCGAUGACGUCUUACGAGCUCCCUGAUGGACAGACUAUAGAAAUUGGAGCAGACAGAUUUAAGAUUCCUGACAUCUUAUUUAAUCCCUCUCUGGUUCAGACCAUCCCCGGUAUGGAAAGUUUUUCAGAGACUGCAGGUUCCCUCCGUGGGCUGCCACAAAUGGUCAUUGAGAGUAUAAACAAGUGCGACGUGGACAUUAGAAGAGAACUCUAUAGCAGUAUAUUGCUUGCUGGGGGAACAGCAUCGAUGCAACAACUGAAAGAACGCCUGGAGAAAGACUUACUUGAGGAUUCCCCACAAGCUGCAAGAGUCAAAGUACUUGCAAGUGGAAAUGCAACAGAAAGGAGGUUCAGUGUCUGGAUAGGGGGCAGCAUACUGGCAUCACUUGGUUCUUUUCAGCAGAUGUGGUUUUCGAAGUCCGAGUACGAAGAGCACGGAGCUUCAUAUGUUCAAAGGAAAUGCCCCUAAUUCGCCCCCCCGUGAAUGCUAUUCCGCAUGAGAUCUUUUGUUUGUGUGAUGAGUAAACUCCUUGUACUAUUUUUCAAGAGUAAGAAGUUUAAUGUCUUUUUUAAUUCAAUCUUAAUUAUUUAGAGGUGGAAUAUUAUAAAUAGAAUGACCUUUUUAACAUUCAUUGGCAAUGAAUGCCAUACUAACAUGGUAUGAUCUUAGGAAUUCAUCUCUAGCUACUACUUGAUUGCGAACGAAUGCUUUCAUUAGUGUUUAACAUUUUGAAGAAAAAAGUGCGGCAGUGUGGGAGUUGAACUGGUCCAAGG